ACGAAUCCGAAUUCUGGGAGCUCCCUCAGCGGCGGCGGCGGCGGCGGCGGCGGCGGCGGCAAUCAAGUGGUGCCGCAGUCCGCCGCUGGGGCGACCGCAGCCACGGUGUCAGGCCAGCCGAGCGACAAUCAGCUCAGGUCGCAAGAGUGACCCAGGCCUAGGUCCGCCGCCUCGCCGACGCUAUCGUCGACGCCAUCGUCGACGACUUCGCACCCGCAUUAUCUCAUGUACGAUGAGGACGGGCCCGCGGCGGACCAAAAGAUGGAAGUGGACGAGCGAAGUGUCAUCGAGACGAGUAGCAUGGUGAAUCCCGAACAGGUGGUAGCCGCCACCGCCGGUGGUAUUGGCGUGGGAGUUGGCAUCGGCGUAGGUGGACCGGGUACGGCCACUGGAAGCAGUACCGGAUUGACUGGUUACUGGCAACACGCGACUACCGCCACCGGCUACUGGCCGUCGUUGUUCGACUGCUGGACAACGCCGCCGAUCGCGUCCGGUUCGCAGACGCUGUCUUUACCGCGGGAUGACGAUUGAGGCCAGUAGAGUUUUAUCGACUACUCACGCGUUGUCCCGAUUCCUCCCAAUUUAUCGUGAUAUCUCGUUUCGUUUCAUUAAACAUCGAAUGUUUGAUCUAAGCGAAUUAAGCUCGGAAGUAUCACAUUUAUAUCUCCACCGAGAGUCGCAGAAAUGAUUCAGUUGUAAUAAAUUUCAAAAAUACUAAUAGUCAAAUGACUUCUUCAUAAAUCUUUAUAAAAAGUUCGAGGUCAUGCGUUAAUCAAUAACCAAUUGAAAUUAUACAUGUUGAUGCAAACUUUGUCGCAAAAUUGAAAAUAUUUACUUUUCGCGAAUUUUGAAUUUCACUGACAACUCUAAAUCUUUGAUUUCGGGAUUUUCGCGAAAAUUAAAAGGAAGAAAAAAAGGAUAAAGAACCAGUGUCUCUCACGAUGAAAGAAUUGACCGAAUUUACCUUUGAAAAUAUUUGAUUACGAUGUAAAUAUGAUGUACUGUGCGAGUAAUCGAUCAUAUCGGGCGCGGUCGAUUGUAAGUUCGGUGAACUCGCAUAUAUUCCUCGAGACAGAUAAAAGUUAAUGGAGUACAAAUGUUAAACUUUCGCCGCGAUGAAAAGUAUAUUUAAUCCCCCUCCCCAACUUUACCUCUUUUAAUUUGGAAAAUAUGUUCACUAUUCGAGUGCGAUGCUGACUAUACGCGAUAAAAUAACGAAAUAGUAUUAUUUCGCUGAGAGAAAUGAAAAGAUUGCGUGUUUCUUCAAAAGAAUCAUGUGACGUAAAUGUAAAUCGUUGUACGCUGCAUUAUGCUUUCUAAUUUCUUUUUCGACACAAUGUAAAAUAAUAGGGCGGGGAUUAAUUUCCGAAGGAACGACGACGCUAAAAUAAAGAUCCCUCGCGGAUUACGUACUCACUAAUUCUGUAGAUAUAUGUAUAGUAGAACGCCGGUUCUUUUUGCGCCGAGCGUACAACUGUAUACCAAAAAAUUGUUACAUUGUAAUGACGAUAAUAACGAUCAUUCAGCAGAAUAAAAAUAUUAUAGGCUGUAAGUAAGCGGAUUGUGCGUUGUACAGUGUAUGGAACAUCCUAUCGACUAGGCGUACGUUAUAAAUCUAAAUUAGUAUUGUCGAAAUAAUUAACUAAAACAAUAUUCACAGUAACCUCUCGCGGCGCGUGCAAUUGAAUUUUUCAAGUCCGUCGAUUCUCUUCCUCUUCGUACUCUUAUCGUUCCAACGACAAUGUUUAACUUAUACGUAUAUACCCUUGAUUGUGUAAUUAGAGAAGGCGUUAACGUAUAUUCAACGAAAAUGUCCUAUUUUUAUAAGUAGCUUAUGAUUUGAUAGACCGCGCGCGUUAUGAGAAAACAAAACCAAAGUUAAACCCAAAAGAUAUCACGUAUGUAUAGUAAUUAUGCCGCGCGUCGAGGCCACGGAGAUAAUUGUAUAAAUUAUUACACAUAACGGGGGGAGUGUGGUGGAGCGUCGGGGAGAUUUUGACGGGAUGAAACGACGACGAAACACAUACACAGGCACACACACACACACACACACACGACGCGAGAAUCGAACGACUUCGGAAGUCAACAGCGAGCGGCCGAUCGUCAACAGAGCUCGAAGCAUAGUCAUGUAAGAUAGGCGUAAGAAACGACCGCUAUUUUGUAUGGAUCCCAAUGUCGUACAAAUGUUCGUCGUAAUCACAUAUCCCAGUCCCUGCGGUGAGUGAUUUGUAACGUCACGCAGAAUCUUCUUCAGUCCCGUUUGUCACCUCACUCGCUACGUGUAAACGUUCCUACUGGGCGAUAUUGAGCGCCGUAAAAAAAGGCCCCGUUUGUAAUCUAGUCACAAUAAAAACCAAUUCUAUUCUAAA